AUGAAAGGAAUAAUUAAAUUUAUUAUAAUAAUAAUAUUAUUAUUAAAUAUUUUUAAUAUAGCGAAUUCAGAAAAAGAUAAUAUAAAUUCAAUAAUACAAAAUAAUCAUAAUAAAUUAUUAAAAAACAAUAAUGAUAAUGACGUAAUUAAAAAAGAAGAAGAAGAAAAAGAAAAAAGUAGUGAAGAAUUAUUAUUAUUAGAUGAUUUUAAAAUAACCAGAGGUAAAACACCAAAUGGUGAAACAAUUGAUUUUGACGAUAGUGAAGAUGCUAGUAAUUAUCAAGAGAAUGGAUGUAAAAUAAUAGAAACUUGUAGAGAAUGUUUAGAAUCUGAAAAGAAUGAACCAUAUUGUUCAACUAAUCAUAGAAUUAAAAUGUUUUGUGAAGAUAAUGAAUCAAUACGAUUUAUUUCUUGUAAAAUUUUAAAUAAUAAAAAAACUAAAAAUAAUAAUUAUUAUAAUAACAAAAAUCAUAAUAUUGAUGGUAUAAAUAAUAAUAAUAAUAAUAAUCCUAAAAUUGAAAAAACUUCCGCAAUUAAUAUAAUAUAUUUUGAAGUUGUAGUUUUAGUAGUAUUUGUUUUUUCAAUUUAUUUUGUUAAAGAAAGAAAAAGAAUAAGUUCAUUACAAAAUAAUGAAAGGUUGGCAAAACAGUUAAAUAAAGUUUAA